UGAUUUUUCUGUUUGAAUGAUCUCAAGAACUUUAUUUUCCGAACAACACUACUGUCCCACCCCUCCCAGGGAAUUAUACUAUCCAAAAUGGCGGUGGCUUUGGAUGAAGAUGUCUUUCCUCCUCUGAAGUUACUGCUCAAGGCCCAAUCGAAAGAAUUUGUUCGCACUCUUUUUCAUGAGGCAUUCAGGUACAGGAAUGAAUCAGUGCCAACCUCUGUCCUUAAAAAUGUUGCGGCAUCCUUAGAUGCUGGACUUGAUGAAGCAAGGCAGUUAUUAGAGAGCCUUAUAUCUGUGGUAUGUGCUGCACUCUUUGAAUGUCUUACAGAGCCAAAAGCAGUCUUUGACUUGUUUCCAGAAAACUUUCACAAGAAUCUCAGAGAGCUAAUUUCCAAAAUCAUUGCAGAGAAUAUGCCAUUAUGGAGGACAAAUGCAACAAAUGAACAAGUUUCGCUGCCAAAGUUGAUUGAUUUUGAUUGGAGAGUAGAUGUCAAAACAUCAUCGAAUGCCAUCAGUAGAAUGUCCAUGCCAACAUGCAUCAUGCAGCUACAGGUUCAAGAGACCGCGACAGAACAGAACAGCAUGCCAGCGGUUAAACGUCUAAACGUAGAGCUAACAAAAGAGAAGUUAGACACCAUGUUAGAUGGACUUGGCAAAAUACGAGAUCAGUUAUCCUCAGUUUCAAAAUGAAAAUUUACAAGUGUAUAGUAGCUGGAAGUUUAAAACGUUUUAUAGUAAAGAAAGAUAUUUUUAAGACUUGGGUUUAAGUGUUGACUAUAGACGUGACUGCCGGGUCAGCGGACAUUUUACUUUUUAUUGCGGACCACUAAGGCCUCGUUCACACUUGAAAACGCAGCUUGAUUUGUGCCGCAAGGCCUACCGUCCGCACUAAUCCGUCACGAAAACAGAGCUUUCCGAAAACGCUCUUCAAACCGGAGGGAUUUGAAAACA